GCCUUUUUUAUGUUGCAUGAGACCUUUGCUUGCAAUGAUAUGCAAUCUGAUACAGUGUGAUUCCUUUUUAAGAACUUGGGUAUUCUCCAAGUCAUAGCGUACUGGAAGAACCCAUGAUUGUCAGUAAUCCUCCCGACGUCUGCCAAGUUAUAGAAGUGACCACAGAAUGUGAUGACCAACCUAUCAGCACAAGCCAGCUGUACCCAUUACAGAUCUCCCCAGUCUCCUCCUAUGCAGUAGAAAGUGAAACGGAUAGCGUUGGAACUGAUGAAGAACCUGAUGAGGUGACUGAGAGCACAAACCAAGACCAAUCACAGUGGCAGCAGAGCAACAUCGAAGGCAAGGAGUUUCUGAGCAACAUCGGCAUGAACACUGCGUUUUCCCCACCUGCAGGUCCCACUGUGACCUCCAGCAACUUCAGUUUCAAACCCCUGACCAAUGGCUCUGAGAAAGCACCCAUUUACACCUUUGCCACAUGCUCCAGCCUGUCAGUCAGCAUCUCCACGUCGCCUGUGCCAUCGCAGCAAGCCUCUUUAAAACACCGUGCGGCUGAAAACCGAGCGACUGUCAUCGUGAAGACAUCGGACUUAACCCGAGGCAAGAACUGAUGAAUCCUCCAUUUCCUUGGGUGUAAUAUCUCCUUGUUCCGGUGAUGCCUUUAUUGGGCUAAGCUGCACUGUACCAUACAUGGACCUCACAGGCCUAUUUGAUAAAAUAUAUAUAUAUAUAUCUAUAUAACUUAAAAGAAAAUGUGCUGCAGAACUGGAAAUCACUUAGUUGCCUUUGCCUCAACUGCCAUCUCCAGUUCAUGAAUUUUAACUCAGGACAUUAUGUUGAACGAUUUUCUCUGUUUUCCUGUUGCACUUCGCUGUUAGUCCAAUGACAGCAAGAGGCUGAGGCAAGGCUCAGCCUUGAAUGCACAUCUGAGCACUUGAGACAGGACCAAUACGAUACAACCACAAUCUCCACGUGCCUAUCAAACCCGCCUGCAGCAGGGGACAAAAAAAAAUGUGAACUGCUUUGACAAUGUGUAAAUUUUUUUUAUAUUCUUUGAAUGUGCAUAUGUAUAUAACACAGGAGGAAUUGAAUUUUACUGCUUUUUGCACCUUAAAUCUAGGCUCGCCCUUAAUGCUGUCACAUUGCUGGCAAUUACAUGCAUUUAGAACUUAAAAGAUUCCUGUGGUUUGGAGUUUAUGGCCUGAUCUUAUGCCUGCUUACACUGGUCUCCUUUGCUCAAGCACAAAACUACAAUAAGCAGUGCGCAAAAAAAGUGAAGUGGCUUGAUAAAAAGGACUGGUUUUAAUUGUUUUUCUAAAGCAAGCUGUUUUUUUAUCACAUGUAAAGGGAUUAUUUUAUUCAGGGUAAUUGAAUUCUGAAGUGAACAUAAAUCUUAAACUUUUUUUUACAAAAUGUUGUUGUUUCUGUCUUUGUUUAUCAGCAUAAACAUCUGUGGUAAAUUGAUAAUUUUUUUUUACAAAAUUUGUAGCAGUUAUAGACUCUCCAAUAAAAUGUAGCCUCUACAUCA